UUGUCAACCCACUUCCGAACGUAAACAUCCUUCGCCGACUCAAAAUAAAAUAAAUAUUUUGCCUGUAGUAAAAUUACUCUAUUUAUAAACACAAACAGUCAAUCCGUUCCUAUAAAUACAUUCAUUAGAGUGGAGUUGUCAUCAAUUUUUAUACAGAGUUUAACGACGUAUUUAUUUAAAAAUGCGAUACUUUUUCGUUGCUUGUAUAUUUAGCGUCGUAUUUGCGUAUGAAAAAGACAUGACUUUUACAGUUCCAGCCGGUUAUACCGAGUGUUUCUAUCAGAAAGUGCUAGUGAAUGAAAUAAUCGACAUUGAGUACCAGGUAAUAGAUGCAACACAUGGGGAGUUGGACAUCUCAUUCCAAUUAGCAGACCCAGUCGGCAGGGUGAUUGUAGCUGAUUACAAGAAACCCGAGAAUGCUCACCGACACACCUCAUACCUCGAAGGGGAUUACAGAUUCUGUUUCGACAACAGCUUUAGUACAUUCAGCCAGAAAACUGUAUUCUUUGAUCUGAUGAUAGAAACAGAAGAUUCACCGGAAAAAGAUUACGAUGAAGAUAAAGAGAUGGAAUUAGGUAAUGCAGCGGAAACAUAUAUGAUGCGUGUAAAGGAUAUAUCGGAGUCAGUAAGUAAAGUGAAGGACCACGUGUCGGCGGCGCGUCGCCUGCAGGAGCUCCUAUCAGCUCAUGAAGCCAGGGAUAGGAAUCUGGCUGAGGAUAUGUGCUCAAGGGUCAUGAAGUGGUCGUUGUGGCAGAUUGCUGUAAUGCUUCUAGUCGGAAUCACGCAGGUUGUAUUCGUGAAGAGUCUCUUUCAGGAACCAAAUGGUAGCAUAAAAAAGUUUGUGCCCAAUUUCUUGUCGCAAUGACGCCAAAGAAUAUGUUUUAAGUUAAUUUAAGAUUAUUUGUCUUGUUGUUUUCUUUAUCUAUUGUUUAUUAAAGAAAAUGAACUGAUUUACAAAAAAGAUUUUCUGUACACAAUUUAUGUUCAACAAUCGUCAAAAAUCAAGCUAAAAAAUAAGCUCUUUUUAUUUUAAGAGUUUUAAUAGCAGUGUAUAAAGUCCGUUUUUAUUUAGUUUAUAAAAUGUUUAGGGCACAAAUUAGAAUAUCACAUGUAAAUGAUAUUUUUGAAUUAAAAGUUUUUUGUUCA